AUGUCUUCGAAUACAGUCACCUUUAAGCCUACGCUGAUCCUCCAUGGGGGUGCUGGCAACAUCAAACGAGAAACCUUGCCGCCGGAUUUCUACGCCAAACAUUACGCUUCUCUUCAGGCCUAUCUCCGCGCAACCUAUGCACUCCUCAAAAAUGGAUCUACCGCCCUUGAUGCGGCCGUUCAUGCGGUGUCCUUGAUGGAAGACGAUGAGCUGUUCAAUUGCGGCCGUGGGAGCGUAUUCACCACUGCUGGGACGAUCGAAAUGGAAGCUUCCGUGAUGGUGACUUCCAUUCAAGACCCGGAUCCGAGCCGACCCGGAGAAAUGAAACGAGGUGUUGGUGUAAUCGGUGUUCGGAAUGUGCGCCAUCCGAUCUAUCUAGCUCGUGAGCAUCUUCUACGUACUGGUUGCGCCCCAGAUGGCAAGCCGAACUAUGAUGGAGGGAACAUGCAUGCACAGCUGGCCGGGCCUCAUGUGGAGACUCUGGCCCGUGAGUGGGGUUUGGAGAUCAAACCAGAUGAGUGGUUUUGGACGCAGCGUCGGUGGGAUGAGCAUCGCCGUGGACUCAGUGGAGAAGCAGAGCCUCUUUCUCUGAGUCAAGGCACUGUCGGGUGUGUAUGUCUUGAUCAAUGGGGCAACCUAGCUGUUGCAACUAGCACCGGCGGCAAGACUAACAAACUCCCCGGCCGUGUUGGCGACACUCCAACACUCGGCGCGGGAUUCUGGGCCGAAGCCUGGGAUGAGCUUUUGAGUGCACCCACUACAUUCUCCGAUAUUGCGUGUUUAUCGGCCCACAAUUCUCCAAUUACGCUUUCAAAAGAAGGCAUCCUCAAGCGGGCGGGAGGCUAUGUGACAGAAUUUGCUCUCGACCCUCCACCAUAUUCACCCCAUCCAAUAAACUCAAAUUUUGCGAAUUCCGGCUCGGUCUUUGAGAAUCAGGGUUUGUCGUUUGACAGAUUUAGUAAACAUCCAAGGUCUGUCAGACGUGCUAUCGCCGUGUCAGGAACGGGAGAUGGUGAUUCGUUCCUUCGCCUCGCUGCUGCACGCACAAUUGGGGCUCUUGCCAAGCAAUGUGGAACACAUUAUAGUCUCCACAAUGCUGUUGAAGAGAUCGCCGGUCGUGGUGGUCAACUACAACAUUUGGCCGGUGGUCGAUGGUCUGUCACUGGUGAAGGCGAAGGGGGGAUUAUUGGAAUUGAAGCUACACAGGAAUACGCAUGCAGCCCUGCUUCUGGAGAGCUACGGCGUGGCCAAGUGGUUUGGGACUUCAACUGUGGUGGAAUGUGGCGGGCGUGGAUUGAUGAGCAAAAUGGAGAGGAAGUCGAAAGGAUUAUGGUCUUUAGAGAAGAAUAUAAAUAG